AUGUCUUCCCACAAGACGUUGAAGAUCAAGUGGUUUCUCACUAAGAAGCAGAAGCAGAAGCAGAACAGGCUCAUCCCGCAAUGGAUCCGCAUGAAAACUGGCAAUAAAAUCACCUACAACUCCAAAAGGAGACACUGAAGGAGGACCAAGCUCAGACUGUAAAGAGAAGCAGCUCCAAUCUUACUGGCACAACCCUGUAUCUUGCAUCAAACUCUCGAGCGCUAGAAUGGUCUCUUCCUACCAAUCUGCCAGAUUAUCAGGGUUGGAAUUCUGUCUUGUGCUGUGCAGUCUCCCCUCUUUGUAGAAAUAUUUGUUAUUACAAAUAUUAAUGAAUAAAAAACUGAAUGAUG